GACAAAACUUUAACCGACCUAGGAGAUAGAUAUAUAAAUGCAAUGGAUAUCUUCAUUUUCAUAUGAAAAAACCAAUUCUCAUAAAAAUUGAAAAUGUCAGGGGCACAAGGUGCACAGCCCAAGGAAUCUGUUACAGCAACAACCUAUGAAUCAAUUGUCAAAGAAGAGAAUAAGCCAAGAAUGGAUAUUCAUUCUCGUGAGGAUGAAAAAGGGAUAGAAAUUGAUAAGAUUCAAGACAAGGUAGAUGAUGCUGCUGGUAAAGGUGGUCCUGUUUUUGGGGCCGGUAAAGACGACGAUGACAAGAAGGAUUUGGGAGUUACCGGCACAGCCGAGUAAAACUAUUUAUUACAACAACUACUUUCUAGUGUUCUUUUAUUUUAAGGAUGUAUGUAUAGUUAGCAGACUCUUGUUUGGUAUGUAUUUAUUUUAAGUG